AUGUUUCAGGCGAAUGCAAAAGCCGAUGAAGCGAAUGAAAGCGAUGCGAACAGCAUACCUGGUCCGCCAGACGGCGGCUACGGCUGGGUGGUCGUCUUCGCCUCGUUCAUGUGCAACAUGGUCGUGGACGGCGUCUCCUACUGCUUUGGAAUCUUUCUUGAUGAUCUCGCCAAGUACUACGGCGCAUCUCAAGGCAAAGUGGCCUGGAAUUCCGAUGAAAUUAGGAUUGCUGUCAAUUUUCAAGAUUUGAUACUGGAUAUUGCUGAAAGCUACAUUUAUAUCGAGGGAAAAUUCAUCCCGAACGAUUUAGCAAAAACCUGCCAUCUGUCCAAUAAUGCGCUCGCAUUUCUGUUCGAUGAAAUCCGUUAUGAAAUGGGUGGCGAACAGGUGUGUUUGAUUCGAAAACCGGGCAUUACCACUACAAUGAAAAGUAUGAUAUCUUAUGGUGAGACAAGCACCAAAUUUUUAGACACGGUUGGAUGGGGUCUCGAUGAAAAUAAACAGGUGAUUCUAGAUACACCCAGUCAUACAUUCAGCGGAAAACUACCGCUUAAAUUUUUAAUGGGGUUUGCAGAGGACUAUAAUAAAGGAAUUCUGAAUAUAAAGCAGGAGCUUAUACUCAUCAUAGCACGCUCAUUCAAAAACUCCUAUAUGGGGGAAGUUGAUGCGAAUGUGACGAUCAACAAAAUCGAAUGGAAGAUAAGGCAUGUGAUGCCGUCCGAUAGGCAGAAAUUGAAGUUGUUGAAUCGAUUGAAUAAAAGUUCUACAGCAAAAAUCAAGUUAGCAUACAGGAUGUGGGAUUUGUAUGAGUUACCGGCCAUUCGUGAAACAGCUUCAGAUAUUUGGGCUAUCAAAACAACUAGUAGCCUCGAGCGCCCGAGAUACAUCAUUAUCGGUUUUCAAAGCUCCGAUAAUACAGAUGAUAGAUCCAAGGACGCUACGAAAUUCAUUCACGCAGGAGUGAAUAAUAUUCGCCUUUACUUGAAUUCAGAAGUUUACCCAUAUGAGCGCUGGAAUUUGGAUUUUGACAGAAAGUUAGAUGCUGUGGCUUACUAUGCAUACGAAAAUUUCCAACGUAGUUACUAUGGCAAAGAUAUGGGUGAACCAAUGAUGAGUAUUGAGGAGUUCCGAAAAAAUCCGUUAUUCAUCAUCGACUGCUACCACCAACCCGAUGCGAUGAAAACUUCUACUGUCGACAUCAAAUUGGAGUUUGAAACCCGCGAAACGAAGUUUCCACCAAACACAAAGCGAGGCUCUGGAUCACAUAUUAAGAUGGCCGCCGCCAAAGACGUGCUUAUCGCUGAGCUCGACAAAUUCAGAAAAUCUGACUUGAUAGACCUGAUUGUGUACCAGAAAUUACCGUCAAAAGUGAAUAUUAGUGGAAAUGUAUUAGAACUUCAUAGAAAACUGGAAAGAGUGUGGAGUUAUGAACAAGAAACUGAAGAAAGUGUGUGUAGUGACGCUGGUGAAACGACAGACAACUACUGUUAUAAGAAAACAUGCACACAGGAAAAAAUCAAAGUGCAAGUGUUGGUGGCAAAAGAAGUAUUGCAAGAUAAACUUAUCAGUGAACUCGAAAAACGAAUUUCUAAUCUUGAAGAGAUAAUUAACCUAAUAAAAAAUUGUAAACAUCUUCCAAAUGAACCCAACACCAAAACGAAACAACUACAGCCACCUAUGGGCGAGGGUACAAAUACACAUACUAGUACUUUCGGAAAACAUAAUGCCAAUGAAAGGAAUCAUCACAAAAACAACGAAAAAGAAGAUUCCGCCACCAAUUCAACAAAAAACGCUAUUAGUCCGGCAAUAACUAGCGAACAGGUCAGAGACGCGAUAAAAAAUGCACAGCAACAGUCCGGGUGGCACAAGCAAAGCAGCAAUAGGAAAUAUAAAAGGAAACCAAUUGUGGGAAACAGUAAGCAAAUAGACUCAAUCAAAACAAUCACUAAACAGGGAUACCUGCACGUCUACAGUCUGGUAGAAGAAACAACCCCUGGGGAACUUGAACAAGGACUGAAAAUAACAGCCCCCCACAUCCCCUUCCAAUGCGAAAUAUUGAAUAAACAGAAUGGGAAAUGCUCCAUGUAUGGAUGCCGCGUGACUUGUCUCGCGGGAGCACUGGUGUCUGCCGCGUCCUUCGGGCUUUCAGUGCUAUGUCCUUCAGUGGAGUGGCUGAUGAUUGUAUACGGAGUAGGCGGUGGCCUUGGCUUCGGCCUAAUGUACGUGCCGGCAGUGGUGAACGUUGGGUACUAUUUCGAAAAAAGACGGUCGCUAGCGACUGGAAUAGCUGUUUGCGGGUCGGGAUUCGGGACAUUCGCGUUCGCGCCACUGGGUGCGUAUUUUCUGAACAGUUAUGGAUGGAAGGGAGCCAAUUUGGUACUUGCCGGGAUUUGCUUGAGCUGCGUGAUUUUUGCCAUUCUGAUGAAACCCAUUGCAUAUGAGAAGAAAUCAGACGAGGCUGCAGUGGUUGACGCAGGACUGCAGCUGUCAAGUGAGAAUGUCACUAAGAGCCUUGGAAUAGAUAAAGAGAGUGCUUCUCUAUUCAUCUCCAUCAUCGGUUUCACAAAUACACUAGGCCGUAUUGUGUGUGGAUUCAUAGCAGAUUUGCCACAAGUGAACACUCUAUUGUUGAACAACGUUUGUCUCAUUGUAAUGGGCUUAGCAGUAGCAGCAGGACCAUUUUGCCAUACAUUCACCGCUUACACCUGCAUGUCUAUAGCAUAUGGAUCUGCAAUGGCUGGAUACAUCUCCUUAGCAUCGAUUUUACUCGUGGAGUAUCUAGGAUUGGAAAGCCUCACCAGCUCUUUCGGCCUUUUGCUCCUCUUCCGAGGAACUGCAGCAUUCAUCGGAUCUCCUCUAGCAGGAAUGCUGUACGACUCCACUCACUCAUAUACCGCGUCGUUCCUUGUAGCCAGCGUUUUCUUUGGUGCUGCCACCGUCACUGCGUUCUGCAUUCCCCUGAUAGAAAGGCGGAAAAAUAAAUCAGUUGAUGAAAAAAGUGUCUCUGAUAGAAUACAAGAACCCGAUGAACGACAAAAACCAUCCCAGUAUCGAGAAAGCGAUACCAGCAGUCACAAAAACAUACACCACAAAAAACAAACGAAUACAGCAGGCGUCCACUGGGAUCAGCGCGAAUGCAUACAAAGCUGGAGGGGUUGCAAAUAUGCUCUCAAAACUACAGAUACCUCAGGAAUAUCUGAUAAGCAGAUAUCAUAUGCAAUACACAAAGCCGAAACUAACCAAAUGUUCAAGUAUAUUGAGCUGGGUUGCCAGAAUAAUGAAAAUGAAUCUGAAGAUAGAGAGCGGAUGACAGUUUCAAGAAAAAAAAACGAAGGGAAUUUUGACAUACUGGAGAAGGAAAAAGAAAACUUCAAGGAAGUACCACCCAAAGUGUGGCUAUAUCUAACAAGAUCUCUCCAGAUGUCACCGAGGAGGAAAUAA